GUUUUCCUGACAGUGUAGUGUUCUAAGAACCGAAGCAGCUGAACUGAAUGGAAUUUAGCAUCAAAAAAGGUCCUCUUUCCGUUCAGAAGGUUGUGAAGUAUCUGAGGAUGAAGCAGGCUCCGGAAAUCCUCGGCAGCAGCACCGGGAAGGCCCCGAGCUGCGAGGUGAACCGGGAGUGCUCCGUGCUGCUCGGCAAAGCCCAGCUGUCCGCCACGCUGCAGGAGGGUGUCGUGCGGAAAUUCAACGGCCACGAUGCGCUGCCCUUCCUCCCGGCGGAGAAGCUGAAGGACCUGACCUCCCGGGUGUUCAAUGGAGAGCCCGGUGCUCACGAUGCCAAACUGCGCUUCGAGUCCCAGGAAGCGAAAGGGGCUGGGACCCCGCCCAGCACCACCCCCAUCAAAAACGGCUCUCCAGAGAUCAAGCUGAAGAUCACCAAGACGUACAUGAACGGGAAGCCUCUCUUUGAGUCUUCCAUCUGUGGGGACGGCGCUGCGGCAGUGGCCCAGCCAGAAGAAAGUGGACCAAAGCCAGGAGACAAGGCAAGAAGGAGCAGGAAGAGGAGCGUGAAGCAGGGCUCCACGCCGGAGCAGGGCCUUGCCGUCACCGUGCUGGGGGCCGAGGCCGCGAGCCCCUCAGACAGAAAGAUUCCAGCUAAGAAAGAGCCCUGCCCAGGCACCGGCAGAGACCAGGAGCACCUGUUGAAGUACAGCAUUGGCGACUUGGUGUGGUCCAAGGUGUCCGGCUACCCUUGGUGGCCGUGCAUGGUUUCGGCCGACCCGCUCCUGCACAGCUACACGCGGCUCAAAGGUCAGAAGAAGAGCGCGCGCCAGUAUCACGUGCAGUUCUUCGGCGACGCCCCGGAGAGAGCCUGGAUGUUCGAGAAGAGCCUGGUAGCAUUUGAAGGAGAAGGACAGUUUGAAAAAUUGUGCCAGGAGAGCGCCAGGCAGGCGCCUACGAAAGCUGAGAAAAUCAAGCUGCUGAAACCCAUUUCGGGGAAAUUGAGGGCGCAGUGGGAAGCGGGUCUCCUUCAGGCCGAAGCGGCCGCGGCCAUGUCAGUGGAGGAGCGGAAGGCCAAGUUCACCUUCCUGUACGUGGGGGACCAGCUCUGCCUGAACCCGUACGCGGCCCAGGAGGCAGGCCUUGCUGUGGGGCCCGUAGGAAACACCGCAGGGGACCUCAGGUCCUGGAGGGAACAGGACGUCCCCGUCAAGAGAAGGCGGAGGGUCAAACUGUCUCGCUCUGCUGAAAGCCAGGACGGUGGCCCUGGGACAGUGACGACUCCGCAGAAGGGGGCUGAGGCCGACGCCAGGAGAGAAGUGGGGUCUCCUCCUGGGAGGAAGAAGGCUGUGGCCUCUGCUCCUCGAGGCAGAAAGGGAGACGCAGCAUCUCAGUUCCUGGUCUUCUGUCAGAGACACCGGGACGAGGUGGUGGCUGAGCACCCCGACGCGUCUGGGGAGGAGAUCAGCGAGCUGCUGGGGUCCCAGUGGAGCAUGCUGAACGAGAAGCAGAAAGCCCGCUACAACACCAAGUUCGCAGUCCGGGCCGCGUCUCCGUCGGAAGAAGACUCUGGUCAUUUAAAUGGGAAAAAAAGAAGCCACCCAAAGAGGACACAGGACCCCACAGAAGACGCCGAGGUUGAGGACGCGCCCAGGAAGAGACUCAGGGCUGACAAGCACGGUCUUCGGAAGAGAGAGACCGUUGCUGACAGAACAUCGCGGACAGGCUCCUGCCAGGCCAUCGAGGUGGCCUCCUCCCUGAAGAGCCAGGCAGCAACGAAACACCUGUCUGAUGCCUGCAAACCACUGAAGAAGCGGAACCGGGCGUCCGAAGCCACCGCCUCCGCUCUCACAUUUAGCAAGAGUUCAUCUCCCUCUGCCUCCUUAACCGAGAACGAGGUGUCGGACGGCCCGGGAGAUGAGCCUCCGGAGUCCCCAUGCGAAAGCGCGGACGAGACGCAGACUGAAGUGUCCUUCUCGUCUAAGAAGUCGGAGCGAGGAGUAGCUGCCAAGAAGGACCACGUGUGCCAGGUGUGUGAGAAGACGGGCAGCCUCCUGCUCUGCGAGGGGCCCUGCUGCGGGGCCUUCCACCCGGCCUGCCUCGGGCUGUCCCGGCCGCCGGAAGGCAGGUUCAUCUGCAGUGAGUGCACUUCAGGGAUCCACUCCUGCUUCGUGUGCAAGGAGAGCGCGGCCGAGGUCCGACGCUGCGCCGUGUCCCAGUGCGGGAAGUUCUACCACGACGCGUGCGUGAGGAAGUUCCCCCUGACGGUGUUCGAGAGCCGCGGCUUCCGCUGCCCGCUGCACAGCUGUGUCAGCUGCCACGCGUCCAACCCCUCGAACCCUCGCCCCGCGAAAGGUAAGAUGAUGCGGUGCGUGCGCUGCCCCGUGGCCUACCACGGAGGGGACGCGUGCCUGGCGGCAGGCUGCUCGGUGAUCGCGUCCCACAGCAUCGUCUGCACCGCCCACUUCACUGCGCGGAAGGGGAAGCGGCACCAUACCCACGUCAACGUGAGCUGGUGCUUCGUGUGCUCCAAAGGGGGAAGCCUCCUGUGCUGCGAGUCCUGCCCGGCGGCCUUCCACCCCGACUGCCUGAGCAUCGACAUGCCCGACGGCAGCUGGUUCUGCAAUGACUGCAGGGCGGGGAAGAAGCUGCAUCACCAGGACAUCGUCUGGGUCAAGCUCGGGAACUACAGAUGGUGGCCGGCAGAAGUUUGCCAUCCCAAAAAUGUCCCCCCAAAUAUUCAGAAAAUGAAGCACGAGACUGGAGAAUUCCCUGUGUUUUUCUUUGGGUCUAAAGAUUAUUACUGGACGCAUCAGGCUCGAGUGUUCCCGUACAUGGAGGGGGACCGGGGCAGCCGCUACCAGGGGGUCAGAGGGAUCGGAAGAGUCUUCAAAAACGCGCUGCAAGAAGCCGAAGCUCGUUUCCGUGAAAUCAAACUUCAGCGGGAAGCCCGAGAAACGCAGGAGAGCGAGCGCAAGCCCCCGCCCUACAAGCACAUCAAGGUGAACAAGCCGCACGGGAAGGUGCAGAUCCACACGGCCGACAUCUCCGAGGUCCCCAAGUGCAACUGCAGGCCCACGGACGAGAGCCCGUGCGGCUCCGACUCGGAGUGCCUCAACCGCAUGCUCAUGUUCGAGUGCCACCCGCAGGUGUGCCCGGCUGGCGCCGCCUGCCAGAACCAGCGCUUCAGCAAGCGCCAGUACCCGGAGACCCAGGUCAUCAGGACGGACGGCAAGGGCUGGGGCCUGGUGGCCAAGAGGGACAUCCGUAAGGGGGAGUUCGUGAACGAGUACGUGGGCGAGCUGAUCGACGAGGAGGAGUGCAUGGCCAGGAUCAAGCACGCGCAGGAGAAUGACAUCACGCACUUCUACAUGCUCACCAUAGACAAGGACCGCAUAAUCGACGCCGGCCCCAAAGGCAACUACUCCAGGUUCAUGAACCACAGCUGUCAGCCCAACUGUGAGACCCUCAAGUGGACGGUGAACGGCGACACUCGUGUGGGGCUGUUCGCGGUGUGCGACAUUCCCGCAGGGACGGAGCUGACUUUUAACUACAACCUCGACUGUCUGGGCAACGAGAAGACCGUGUGCCGAUGCGGAGCCUCCAACUGCAGCGGCUUCCUCGGGGACAGACCCAAGACUUCCACGUCACUGUCUUCAGAGGAGAAAGGCAAGAAGACCAAGAAGAGGAGCAGGAGGCGCAGAACCAAGGGCGAAGGGAAGAAGGAGUCGGAGGACGAGUGCUUCCGCUGUGGCGAUGGGGGCCAGCUGGUCCUGUGCGACCGCAAGUCCUGCGCCAAGGCCUACCACCUGUCAUGCCUGGGCCUGGGCAAGCGGCCCUUCGGCAAGUGGGUGUGUCCUUGGCACCACUGUGACGUGUGUGGCAAACCUUCGGCCUCGUUCUGCCACUUCUGCCCCAACUCGGUCUGCAAGGAGCACCACGACGGGGCGGCCUUCCGCUCCGCCCCCGACGGGCGGCCCUGCUGCUGUGAGCACGACUGGGGCACGGAGCCCGCCGGGGCCAAGGCCCAGAAGCCCUGCCCAGAGCCCGCGAAGCCGAAGGGGAAGAGGAGGAGGAGGAGGUGUUGGCGAAGGGUCACGGAAGGCAAACAGCAUGGGGGGCUUGGCUAGACCAGGGGCUGCCCA